AUGAACACCACAACCGCAGAAUCCACCCUACCCCCAAGCCCAACUGCAGACCAAAACCAACCCACCCCCAAACACCCCAAACCUAGGAAAUUCCGCUUCAAAUCCUCCUCCUCGAAAUCCCAUUCCAAACGAGACGAAACUCACCCCAAACACCGCCACCACAGACACAAACACAGACACCGUCAUCGACGCCGCUCAGCGUCACCAGCACCCACUCCCUCGCAAGAACCAGAACCAGGUUUGUCAGCCGAUACCGCAUUUAGGGAAUCUCUCUUCGACGCGCUGGGCGAUGACGAAGGCGCCGCGUACUGGGAGUCGGUCUAUGGACAGCCGAUCCAUAACUAUGCGGUGCCGAGUCUACCCAAGGGCCCGGAUGGGGAGUUGGAGCAGAUGGAUGAGGAGGAGUAUGCGAGUUAUGUGAGGAGGCGGAUGUGGGAGCGGACGAGGGAGGGGAUGUUGGCGGAACAGGAGCGGUUGCGGGCUGAGAGGGCGAGGGAGAGAAGGCGGGAGGAGAGGAUGGAGGAGGAGACUCGGGAUAGGGUGAGGUUUGAGAGAGCGAUGGAGGAGAGUUUGCGGCGGGGGAAGGAGAGGAGGAGGGGGAAGGCUUGGAGGGGGAUUUGGGAGGAGUAUGUGCGAUCUUGGGGGGAGGUGGAUCGGGCGGUUGUGGAGAUUAGGGAGGGAGGACGUGGGGAUGCUGGUGAGCGGUUGAAGUUAAGGAAUCUGUUGUUUUGGCCGGUUGAGUCGGGGAAGAGGAGAGAUGUGGGGAGGGAGGCGGUUGAGGAGUUUAUGCGCCGUGCGCCUGGGGAUGGGGAGGAUUUGGCGGCGGUUUUGAAGGCGGAGCGUGUCCGGUGGCAUCCGGAUAAGAUUCAGCAUCGGUAUGGGGCUUUGGGGAUUGAUGAGGCGGUCAUGCGCAGUGUGACUGAGGUUUUUCAGAUCAUUGAUGAUAUGUGGAGUGAGACUAAGGGGAAGCAAUCUUGA